AUGGUCGCCUUCUUCAAAACCGCGCUAUGCGCUUCUCUUCUUUGUAUCCAAGCAUCAGCUGCAGUCGAUCGCACAAAUGCUGUCAUCAGUGUUCUCGAACAGCACAAAGACCUGACUGCAUUCUACCAACUCUUCACGUCAACUGGACACGGCAGUGGAAUCCCUGAACCUGCCUUUGAGGCGCGCUUCAAUGACAACAGCAAGGAUGAUGAGUUUACUAUCCUCGCUCCUACCAACGAGGCCAUCGCGAAAGUCCCAGGUCUUGCGCAGAAGCUUACCUCUCCGGCUGGCUAUCCUCUCCUGGCUGCCCUCCUGCGUACGCACAUUCUUCCUGGCAAACUCAGUCCCCAACAGCUUUACGGCAAAUCUAUCAGAGCCAUUGAGGGCUUCUCAAUUGAUAUUAGCGCAGGUGGUGUUAUCACCACCAACACGAACAUGAUGAGCCUGACUGACUCUGAUGUACGUGCUGGCAUGCAAGCAAAGCUCUUGAAGGACAGGAGAGGAAAAUUGAUCCGGAUUCCUGCUACAAAUGGUGUCGUGUACAUGGUCGACAACAUCUUCGAUCCAAUGCUCACCUACUUCGGCGAGGACGCCCCCGACCAUAACUCUUUGCCCGCCAUCAAGCGCUCACCUUCCAAGACAAUGAAGGACAUACUGGCCGCAGAUCCCGACACUCUUCGCGCCAGAGAACUACUGCGAAUGCAUGCUCCUCGCUUCCUCUACGACCGUCUUAACACAAAGCUCGCUGGGAAGGAUAACUCAAAGGUGGUCUUCUUGGUACCUUCUAAUGAGGCACUGAAGCUGUUCACCAAAAAGGCCGAGGAGCAGAGCAAUGCUGAUAUAACAAAGUUCUUCCUCGCAGCGGGCUAUGGUACAAUGGAUGGCAAGAAUAUCAAGGGCCGCGCCGGAUUCACGCUCGGGGUUGAGGGAGGAAGAGUUAUGAAUGCAAAGGUUGAGAAGAGAGAGUGUGGCUCUAAUGGUUGUAUCUGGAGGAUUGGGAGGGUGAUUGAUUCAGUCUACGGUCUCUUGUAA